AUGUCCAGCCGAAUAGGAACCCCUAGAAAUGUCACUGAAUCUCCAACUCCAGAGGACUCAUCCAAUCGUCAGUCUAAUUCACUGAAACUACAAGGCAAGCAAUUAAAUCAGUCAGAGUUGAAAUUGUUACAUUAUUAUAAUCUAUCACACGCUGCUGCUGGGACUCCUAUAGGGAAAAUCUAUUCAUCUUUAUUCCAAAAGGAACAAAAAUUUAGUAAAUAUGCAUUCCCACCAGUGCUAUCGCAGAAGUUUUGUUUACAAUGUGGUGAUUUGUUCAUACCUGGGGUGUCUGUCUUGAUAAAAAUAGUCGAUGCUGAAGACGAUAAUAAGGUUCCAUGUAAAAAACUAAGGUUUAGUUGUAUGGCAUGUGGAAACGAACAAUUUGAUGACGAGUUGAUAAAAGAGAAGGAAGUGGUGAAACCAAUUGCACAAGAUAAAUCAAAGGACAAACCUACAGAUAAACCUGUCAAUUCUAAAGCAAAGGAGAGAACAAAGAAAAGAAAGAUGAAUAACAAUUUAAGCAAUUUAUUACAUGAAAAGAAGAAACAGAAGGAAGAACAAACAAAAUUGAAUUCUUUGAAUUUAAUGGAAUUCUUAAAGUGA